UAAUGCAUGCAGCCGGCCUCAUUCGUAAAAAGUCGCUAGAACUAGAAGGAGGAGGAAGAUUCGAGUGAAGAAAAUUUUGUGGUGAAGAAAAUCAGACGAAAAUGAACAUGGAAGUUUCGAACAGAGACCCUUAUCCUUUUCCUAAGGUACAGAACGACGACGAUUUCAUCGGCACAGGAACUUUUCAGAAGCAGCCUUACACACAGCCAACGCAUCUCGCCCAGCGGACCGAUCCAUGGAACAGGCUUAAUACAACCAGUACACUGUCAAGCAGCAGGAGAGAAGUCUACCACCAUGACCCCAAGGCACCCAGGGACAGUCUAGACUUCGUCUUGAAAGCAGACUAUGAUCACCACGGCGCCUUCUUGAAAUCCAAGAAUGAGACGCUCGUACAACCAGAGACAAUAGGGGAGAACCAUGGCCGGAUCCUCAAAAAUAGGAAGAAAGAGGAGCCGAGGCUUAUCGACCCCAUGAACCCACCCACCGUCGAUUCGGUCAUCGAAGACCCAAAGAGGGAAAGCAUCCACAGCACCAAGGGUGCUAUCGAUAGCCAUCACAGCGCGGCAACAAAUGCUGGCUACUCGCGCAAACACGACGGCGGUUUCUACACAACAUAAACCAGAUUUUUUAAAGUCUUUCAAUAGUGUGUGGCACAAUUAGAUUUGUGCAUGUACCGGUAGUUAAGGGGCAUCUUUAAAUAGUUACAGCUAUCAUAGACAUUUACUUUUUCUACCUUUGUUCUUCUUUGUUUCUAUUGAAGUCUUUGAAAUCUAACACAUUUCCCUUGCGGGGUACUGAGUUUUCUACCGACCAACUUGCAGGGUCCCGUUGUCUAUAUUGUUGCCUUUCUUACCCUGGUACCCGUGAGGCCAUAAACGGAAAUCAACUCCAAGGGAUCGAAUUCAUAAAGUGGCUCAGGAACAAAACCAAAACAGCUUAGCUGGAAUAGCCUUACAUCAGUUUUGGUUACUGGGCACGUUUUUAUUAUCAUUUGCAUUUGACUAGACCUUAGCUGCUUACCAUGAAUACUGGUCAAGUAGGUUUAUUGUCCAGGACCCAAAUUUACCAAUUACACAAAAUUGCUUACAAGCAAAGUCAAACUUGCUUAGCCGAAAUGUGUCUAUAAAUUGGGUAACCAGGGAUAUCUUCAUUGUAUUUUGUAUGUGACCAGAUUUUGGCUGGUGGUCCGCUAGGCUUAGCGAAAAUACUGGUGAAGCAACUUAUUUCAGUCAUCACCAUUUAUUUAUUUAUUAAUUUUUUGUUUUAGAUACACUAAAAUUUUAGCGAAAGUGUUCAGUUGUUCUAGAAUUGUUCUCACACAUUUCCAUGAUAUGUUCUGAUACCAUUUUCAGAUACUUUUCAAAACUUUCACCAAGUUUCUCAUCUCAGCAUUAUACAGAAUUCAAAUGAUGAACACUUGACAUAAUCUGGUUUUGAACUUUUUUUAAAGAAAUGUCUGUAUUUUAGAAGAGCCUUUUAGUGGAAAGUACAAUUUGUUUAGUUCACAUUGUACAUGUAGACCUUUUAACUGUAUAUUUUGUAUCAUAGUUAUGUUUUAAUAUUUUUCUACCAUUUUUAGUUGGAUGUUUAUAUUCCAUUUUUAUUUAGUACAAAAACAUUGGUAUUUGUUGAACACUGGGGUAAGCAUCAAAUAAAUUUUUUUGAAAAAAAACCCCAAAAAUUCAAAACAAGGCAUCUGCUGCAGUUGUUCACACUUAAAAGACACAACACAGUUUCCAGAAAUACCAGGCGCUUUAAUUUUUGCACUGUCAAAACGUUUUGCACUUUACAUGUGUAUAUGUACAUAAAUCUCACAAAUAUUACUUACUAUUCAACUUGUUCGUGUGGAAAAAUAAAAUCUUGCAGAAUUUAUGAAAGA